AUGGACCCCAAAGAAUUGCAGUACCAGUGCGGUGGUAUACCGGUUUCAACAAAAUCUCGAAUGGUUUCUAUGUAUAAGGUCAUGUUGCUCGUUGAUGCCCUUGAUAUUAUAGCAUUCGCACUUUGUUAUUACUACAACAGGAGAACUCUCAAGAGCGGAAGGUACGAACUUUCGGUGCGAUAUCAAGUUUAUGAAAAUCUGAGGGCUAUACGGAUUUUCGUGCCAGUAGUCACUAUUCACUUCAUUAUCUUCGGACUUUUUCUGAUGGGCUCUAUAAUUAUACGUGAAUUUCGAGGCAGUUUAACGCCGAAAGCCUAUGGUAUCAGUCUUCUUGCUUUAUAUAUCAUCCCAUAUUAUAUACUCACUAUGUGCUCUUUACUUUUCGUGAUCCUACGGAAGGAGUCAAAUCGAGUCUCAACAUUCCAAGCAGCUAUCGCUGAAGGCCAGAAUGAGAAAGAACAGCAAGCAGAAACGUAUUUCCGUUCCCUCCGACAUCAAUGGGGAACCUAG